ACCACCACAAAGGACACGAAGCAUGAGGGACAGAAGAAGAGGGACCCUCGACACCUGCACAGCCAAAGCAAAAGAGAAGGGAGGAGAGGACCAGGACAGACUGCUGCACAGCCUUAAGAGGAGUGCACCAAAGGGGAGCCUUUGCCCUGCAGAUUCCCCUUCCCCGCUGAACGCGCCUAUGGGAGACAGAGAUGGAAACACACAAAGUGAAGUGCUGUCCUGGAAAGCGGAAGCUGGCCUCAUGCUUCCUACCAGUGACAAGGCGUUUCUAUACUGGAAGGGAUCCUUGGGAAGAAAGUCAGCCCUGGCAAUGGUUCCCAGCAAGGCUGUGCAUCUGUCCCCCGUCUCUGCAUCUGUCCCUGUAGGAGAGUGCCUUGCUGCACUGUCCCACUAUGCCAGGGCAGCUUUGCAGAGGGACUGGCCAGGAGGAGGCCCUGGAGUUGCGGACAGCCACAGAGGACAGUGCUGCAGUGGAGAGCCCUGUGCGUCAGCAUGGCUGGGCCACAUGCAACUGCGGGAAGCAGGAGUUUCCAAGGGUGACCCGCUAAGUGCUCCUCCGAAGGGGCCAGGCUCUGUGUUAGUACUGUCCUGCCUGUGUCCCCUGCUGCUGUCUGAGAUGCUGCAUACCCAUCCUCAAGGCUUCCAUAGGGAUCAGACAAGAUGUGAGCACCUUGACCACCUAAAGCCUGUGCUCUCAGAGCACACAAUAGAAUACAGGAACAUGCUUUCAAGUAUAAAUUGUACCUCCAGUGGUCUGCAGAUAACACUGGGGUUGUUGGCUCUAUGACCUUUGAAAUUAGCAAAUCCUGUAGGCCAUAAUUAAGGUACAAGCAAAACAAUAAAAAUAGUAGCUUAAUUUUAAAAGUUGUCUUAGAAUAACUUUUUUGCAUUAAGUCUGGAUGCAAACAGAGCAGCCAUUCAGUUCCUGCUUUGGUUUGUAUGGCUAGACAAACUUUAUAAAGUAUAAGCUCACUAAAAGCUAGGUAAUGCAGAAAGAAAUUGUUGAGAACGUUUUAAAUUGUGCUUAAAAGACAACAGAAUUGGGAACCCUUUCAGGAGAUUAUUAAUAUAUCCAGUAUAAUAUCAGCUAGAAACUUGGCUUACUAUGAAGUUCUUUGUCUCCAAUUCCCAAUCCAAAGGGCUAUUGUCCCAGACAUUGUCUGUCUCUUUAGCUGUCCUGUCACCAAAUGGAAGUGGAUACUCGUAAAGUUUACCUGCUGUACUUUUAUGAAGCCUUGCUGAGUACGUGGUGAGCUGUUACUAUUUCUGCAUUUUGUAGAAUAAUUUUGGUUUGCAGCAAAAUUUGAUUUCUCACACUCCUUUCUUUCUACUUGAAAUGCAGUUUCAAUGGAGGCCCUAUGGUGAAAGUUGCAAUAUUGAAUUUAGAAUAAUCUUCUCAAACUAGGAUCCUAGCAGUGUUACCCUAAGAAAAAGGAGCUUGAUUCUGCUGUAGCUCAGAUAUAGAGGCAAAUGAAGUAUUUUCCUGUACAAAAUCCCAGAGCCAAGGAUUUGAGGUCUGUUUUACACUAAGACUUUUCUGAAGUAACUUGUUUGUUGAUAACUUAAAUAAAGGUCACUUAAGAGUAACUUUUUAAGGACUCCCAAAGUGAAGCUUAAAAUAGUCAUUUUGGGAAUGAUUGCUUAUAUCAGUUUGUAUUGUGUGUUAAAUUACUAUGCUGUGUACUAUUUUAGUGUUUUGGGAAAAUGGAGAAUAAAGUCUGUUCUU